CACAACCCUCCUGCUCCAAAAUUAUUUUUUAUACAACGGUGGGGGCUCCGGAGAAUAUAAGGUGGCCAUAUUUGAUAGAUUUGUGUCGGGCUCUGCAAUGCAGAAAGCGAGAGUUGUUGCGUGUGAUCUUGCAAGUGACAGUGACACCAGGCAAGUCUGUCGGAUUCGUGACUGAUCCGGUUGUGGUGAAGGAGGGGAGGUUGGGGAGGGGGGGGGGGGGGAACAAAGCAGAGAAAGAAACAAACAAGUAACAAUGUAACUUACAUGCAGCCACACACCCCUUUUUUCUUGCAACAAUGUGUACGUUUUUAGGGAGGGAGGGGGCGAGCGGAGGGAGAAAGAGAGAGGGAGAGAGAUAGAGAAAGGAGGAGGGGGGUGCGUUCUGAAAUAAUAUAGUCAGCCAUUUUUUAUGUAAGGGGAUUUUUUCUUAUUGGGGGGGUUGUUAAAAAAUAAAUAUAAGAGGGCGGCCAUCUUUGUUGCUCUGCCUAGUGUAAAAUAUUCCAAAACGCCCCCCACUUUUUUCUGUGCCGAUUUGAAUAUUAAAUAAAUAUCAUAUAUUCGGGGAAGAAUACGCUUUUUUGAAUACAAGGACGGAGCCAAUGACAGGAAUAUAAUGUCCUCUCCUCUCCGGUCCUGUGAGGAAGACGAGGGCAUGGUGGUUAAUUCCGAGGGAGGAGAUUUUGAUGAAGAAGAGGACGACGGAGACCUAGACGAGAACGCAAGCGACAUAAACUCGCCGGCGGCGCCUCGGGAAACUGCAACACCAGCCGCGCCAGACGACAGGGGAGAGGCAUCGGACAGGGAGAGCCCGGGCAGGAAGAAAGGACGGCCCAAGAAGAAGAAGGAGACAAAGAAGAAAGACAAAGAGAAAGAGGGGAAACCUGUCAAAGCAAAAAAACGCAAGAAGAUUGACAGUGAUGUAGAGAGAGACACGGACAGAGAAAGAGACUAUGGCGAGAACUCGGACAGCGCCGCCAGCGACUAUGGAUCUGGCGAGAAAAAGAAGAAGAAGAAACACAAGGAAAGGAAAGAGAAGAAAACCAAGAAGAAGAAAAAAGACGACGGCGACAGAGACAGCAGUCAGGAAGAAACAACAAAGCAACCGAUAGAGCAGAAGACGUCGGCCCAGCUGGCGCAGGAGUGGGGUCUGGAGGAUGUUGAUCAUACCUUCACAGAGGAAGACUACAGGGAACUCACCAACUACAAAGCCUUCAGCCAAUUUAUGAGGCCUAUGAUAGCUAAGAAGAACCCCAAGAUCCCCAUGUCGAAGAUGAUGACCAUCUUGGGGGCCAAGUGGAGGGAGUUCAGCUCCAACAACCCCUUCAAGGGCAAUGCUGCUGCUGUAGCAGCGGCCGCAGCUGCCGCCGCCAUCGCUGUCGCCGAGCAGGUCUCCGCGGCGACCGCCUCCCCUGAGCCGCCGCCUCAGCCGCCACCACUCCGCAAGGCCAAGACCAAGGAGGGCAAAGGCCCGGGCUAUAAGAAGCGCAGUAAAAGUCCUCGUGUGCCAGACAAGAAAAAGACUGCAGGUGUAGCCAAGGCUAAAAAAAUGGCACCCAUUCGAAUCAAACUGGGGGCCUUAGGCACCAAGAGGAAGAAGAGCUGCUCAAGUGAGGAUGUGGACGAGGACGAGUCUGAGCAGGAGGACUCCAGCGUGCACAGCUCCUCGGUCCGCUCGGACAGCUCUGGCCGCGCCAAGAAGAACAAGCGGGGGCGGCCCGCCAAGAAGAAGAAGAAGAGUAAACUCGACCUGCCAUGUGUCCCCGGUGAGGAGGACGCGGACGGCUACGAGACGGACCAUCAGGACUACUGCGAGGUGUGCCAGCAGGGCGGUGAAAUCAUCCUGUGUGACACUUGUCCCAGAGCCUAUCACCUCGUCUGCCUGGAGCCGGAGCUGGACAAGGCCCCCGAGGGCAAGUGGAGCUGCCCGCACUGCGAAAAGGAGGGAAUCCAGUGGGAGGCGAAGGACGAGGACUUUGAUGAUUUCGAGGAGGAGUGCGAGGAGAGAGUGAUGUCCGACGUGGGAGUCGGGGUCCCGGCGGGGGUGGAGGAGGAGGACGACGACCACAUGGAGUUCUGCCGGGUGUGUAAGGACGGAGGGGAGCUGUUGUGCUGCGACACCUGCACCUCCUCCUACCACAUCCACUGUCUCAACCCGCCCCUGCCAGAGAUCCCCAACGGAGAGUGGCUGUGUCCGCGAUGCACGUGUCCGCCAAUCAAAGGACGCGUCCAGAAGAUCCUCCACUGGCGAUGGGGCGAGCCCCCGACUCCCAUUCCCGUGCCUCCUGCUCCCGAUGCCCCACCCGACGCCCCGCUGCCGCCGCCCAUGAAGGGCAGGGCAGAGAGAGAGUUCUUUGUCAAGCUGACCGCGCAGUCGUACUGGCACUGCACAUGGAUCACCGAGCUGCAGCUGGAGAUCUUCCACUCGGUGAUGUUCCGAAACUACCAGAGGAAGACGGACAUGGACGAGCCUCCCAGCCUGGACUACGGCUCCGGGGGGGAGGACGACACCGGAGGGGGGAAGAGCGAGAAGAGGAGGGCCAAGGAUCCCCAGUUCGCCAUCCUGGAAGACAAGUACUACAAAUAUGGCAUCAAGCCCGAGUGGAUGAUGAUCCACCGCAUCAUCAACCACAGCAUUGACAAGAAGGGCAUGUACCACUACCUGGUGAAGUGGAGAGAUCUGACCUACGACCAGUGUACCUGGGAGAGAGACGACCUGGACAUCCCGGACUUUGCUAUUUACAAGGCCGGCUACUGGAGACACAGGGACGAGGUGAUGAAGGAAGACCCAGACAAACCCAGGAAGAUCAGGAGCAGGAGCCAGGAGGGGGAGGAGGAGGAGGAAGCGCCUGGCUCGCCGGUCACUGAUCCGACAAUAAAGUACGAGGAGCAGCCAGACUUUGUCACCUCGACAGGCGGCACGCUGCACCUUUACCAGCUCGAGGGUCUCAACUGGCUGCGGUUUUCCUGGGCGCAAGGCACCGACACCAUCCUGGCAGACGAAAUGGGCCUGGGCAAGACCAUCCAGACCAUCGUCUUCCUCUACUCCCUGUUCAAAGAGGGCCACACCAAGGGCCCGUUCCUGGUCAGCGCCCCGCUCUCCACCAUCAUCAACUGGGAGAGGGAGUUUGAGAUGUGGGCGCCGGACUUCUAUGUGGUGACGUACACGGGGGACAAGGACAGCCGAGCCAUCAUCCGAGAGAAUGAGUUCUCCUUCGAUGACACCGCCGUCAAGGGAGGGAAGAAGGCCUUCAAACUGCGGAGAGAGGCUCCGAUCAAGUUCCAUGUGCUGCUCACCUCCUAUGAGCUGGUGACCAUCGACCAGACGUCGCUCAAGUCCAUAGAAUGGGCCUGCCUGGUGGUGGACGAAGCUCACCGCCUCAAGAACAACCAGUCCAAGUUCUUCAGGCGUCUGAACGACUACAAGAUUGACCACAAGCUGCUGCUGACGGGAACGCCUCUGCAGAACAACCUGGAGGAGCUGUUUCACCUGCUCAACUUCCUCACCCCCAACCGCUUCAAUAACCUUGAAGGCUUCCUGGAGGAGUUCGCCGACAUCUCCAAGGAGGACCAGAUCAAGAAGCUCCACGACCUGCUGGGGCCUCACAUGCUGCGGAGGCUGAAGGCCGACGUGUUCAAGAACAUGCCCGCCAAGACCGAGCUCAUCGUCAGAGUGGAGCUGAGCCCCAUGCAGAAGAAAUACUACAAGCUGAUCCUGACCAAGAACUUUGAGGCGCUCAAUUCAAAAGGUGGAGGCAACCAGGUGUCCCUGCUCAACAUCAUGAUGGACCUGAAGAAGUGCUGCAACCACCCCUACCUCUUCCCCGUCGCCUCCAUGGAAGCCCCCAAAACGCCCAGUGGCGCUUACGAGGGGGCCGGCCUCACUAAGGCUUCUGGGAAACUGACGCUGUUGCAGAAGAUGCUGAGGAAACUGAAGGAGCAGGGACACCGAGUACUGGUCUUCUCACAGAUGACUAAAAUGCUGGACUUGUUAGAAGACUUCCUGGACUAUGAAGGCUAUAAAUAUGAGAGAAUCGAUGGAGGCAUCACAGGAGCGCUAAGACAGGAGGCCAUCGACCGCUUCAAUGCUCCUGGGGCUUGUCAGUUCUGUUUCUUGCUCUCCACCAGAGCGGGAGGUCUCGGGAUCAACUUGGCCACCGCCGACACCGUCAUCAUCUUUGACUCCGACUGGAACCCUCACAACGACAUCCAGGCGUUCAGCCGUGCUCAUCGUAUCGGGCAGGCCAACAAGGUGAUGAUCUACCGCUUCGUGACCCGCGCGAGCGUGGAGGAGCGCAUCACCCAGGUGGCCAAGAGGAAGAUGAUGCUGACCCACCUGGUGGUCCGGCCCGGCCUGGGGUCCAAGGCCGGCUCCAUGACCAAGCAGGAGCUGGACGACAUCCUCAAGUUUGGAACGGAGGAGCUGUUCAAGGACGAAGGGGAAGGUAUGAAGUGUCCAGCGGGCGAUAAAGGCGAGGACGAGGGCAGCGUGAUCCACUACGACAGCACCGCCAUCGAGAGGCUGCUGGACCGAAGCCAAGACGCCACGGACGACACGGACGUUCAGAACAUGAACGAGUACCUCAGCUCCUUCAAAGUGGCCCAGUACAUGGUCCGAGAGGAGGAUAAGAUAGAGGAGAUAGAGCGGGAGAUCAUCAAACAGGAGGAGAACGUGGACCCGGACUACUGGGAGAAGCUGCUGCGGCAUCACUACGAGCAGCAGCAGGAGGAUCUGGCCAGCAAGCUGGGCAAAGGGAAGAGGAACCGCAAGCCUGUCAACUACAACGAUGCAGCGCAGGAGGACCAAGAGUGGCAUGCUGAUAUUUCAGAUAACCAGUCCGAGUAUUCAGUGGGCUCCGAGGAGGAGGAUGAGGACUUUGACGAGAGGCCAGAAGGUCGAAGGCAGUCCCGCCGCCAGCUGAGGAAUGAGAAGGAUAAACCGUUGCCUCCUCUUCUGGCCAGAGUCGGAGGCAACCUUGAGGUGCUGGGCUUCAACACACGCCAGAGGAAGGCUUUCCUGAACGCCGUGAUGCGCUGGGGAAUGCCGUCCCAGGACGCUUUCUCCUGUCAGUGGCUGGUCAGAGACCUCAGGGGCAAAACAGAGAAGGAGUUCAAAGCGUACGUCUCCCUCUUCAUGCGUCACCUGUGUGAGCCGGUCGCCGACGGGUCCGAGACGUUUGCCGACGGCGUGCCGAGGGAGGGCCUGUGCCGCCAGCCGGUCCUCACCCGCAUCGGGGUCAUGUCUCUCGUCAAGAAGAAGAUCCAGGAGUUUGAGCACAUCAACGGGCGGUGGAGCCUUCCAGAGCUCAAGCCUGAGGUCGGCGUGGACAAAUCCUCGUCUAGAGCCUCCUCACCUGUCAUCAAGACGGCCACGCCCACCCCUGAUGCCAGCUGCAACAACACGCCUUGCACCUCCAAGCCAGCGACCCCCGCUCCUGCAGAGAAGCUAGAAAAGAACGGGAAAGAGGGAGAGAAGGAGGAGGAGAAGGAGAAGGAGGAGGGAGAGGCUCCGUCGGAGAGAGAGAAAGAGAAGGAGAAAGAGAAGGAUGAGGGAAAAGAGGUGGAGAGCAGCAAGGCCGGAGACCCUGAAGAGCCUUCCUCCGCGACAAAAGAGACGGCGCAAGACACGUCCCCCGGCCGAAAGCCCGAAAACAAGGGAGAGAGCGAGCAGAAAGAGGAGGAGAAGAAGGACGCACCUGACGCUCCACCUGCCACGGCCGAGGACAAGAAAGUCCAGGAGGAGAGCAAAGAGGAGACCAAACAACCAACGAAACAAGUUCCUCAGGUCAAAGAUGAGAAACCAGAUGCAGAGAAGGCGGGAGAAGAGAAGGAGAAGGAGAAGGAGAAGCGAGAGGAGACGCCUGCGCCAACAGAAACACCCGAAGCCAAGGACAAGCCCGAGGUGACUGACGUGAAGAAGGAGGAGGUCAAAGGUGAAAAAGAUGGCGUGAAAGAGGUCAAAGCAGCUAAGGAGGAGAUGCCCAAGGGCAACGGGAGGCCGCCUGUCGAGCGGCCGCGCUUCAUGUUCAACAUCGCCGAUGGAGGCUUCACCGAGCUCCACACUCUUUGGCAGAAUGAGGAGCGGGCUGCCAUCUCCUCAGGAAAGAUGAACGAGAUCUGGCACCGUCGACAUGACUUCUGGCUGCUGGCGGGAAUCGUGCUUCAUGGCUACGCGCGGUGGCAGGACAUCCAGAACGACCCGCAGUUCGCCAUCGUCAACGAGCCUUUCAAGUCGCAGGCGAACAAGGGCAACUUCCUGGAGAUGAAGAAUAAGUUCCUGGCCCGACGCUUCAAGCUGUUGGAGCAGGCGCUGGUGAUAGAGGAGCAGCUGCGGCGGGCCGCCUACCUGAACAUGACGCAGGACCCCAGCCACCCGGCCAUGGCGCUCAACGCCCGCUUCGCCGAGGUGGAGUGCCUGGCCGAGUCGCACCAGCACCUCAGCAAGGAGUCGCUCGCGGGCAACAAGCCGGCCAACGCCGUCCUGCACAAGGUGUUGAACCAGCUGGAGGAGCUGCUGAGCGACAUGAAGGCCGACGUGACCCGGCUACCGGCCACGCUGUCCCGAGUGCCGCCCAUCGCCGCCCGCCUGCAGAUGUCCGAGAGGAGCAUCCUCAGCCGACUGGCCAGCAAGGGCACCGAGACGCACACACCCCCGCCCAUCCCGCCGGGACCCUACGCCACCCCUCAGAACUACGGCGCCCCCUUCACCCCCGCCCCCCCGAGCGCCCUGCACAUGGGAGGGGCCAACUACAGUCAGAUGCCCCCCGGAUCCUUCAUAUCAGUGCUCAACGGGCCGCCCAUGUCUGUCAAGAAGGAGCGGGAGGCCGAGCUGCUCCUGAGCCGGCGAGAGCAGCGCAGCGGAGAGGUCAUCUGCAUCGACGACUAAACUCACACACACACUAGCGCACACACAGACACACACACAGACACACACACACACGCAGAGAAACCCGUUCACUGAAAAGCGCGUUCUUACCUUUCUCACUGUACAGAACCUGAAAAUGCUCUUAAACCGCAUCAUUUCAUCCCGAAUCCAGUAUUAAAACUGUAAUUGACUGACUGAGAGUUUGUCUAUUUACCUAUUAGUGAUUGUAGUCGCUCCAAUUGAUGCACACACACACGCACACACACAUACAUGCACGCACGCACGCACGCACGCACGCACAGCUGUAGAUGUCACUGCUAGACCUUCCCUCUAAAAUAAUUCCUCUGAAAUAUUGCUCUGCUGACUGGUACUCCUCAAAACUUACAGUCUCACACACACAUGCACAUUAACACACACACACACACACACACACACACACACAGUUCAUAUUGUCGCAUAACUUCUUGUAAUCUUCUCUCAUCUGCCUCAAACCACUAUACACCUCAUGAAUGGCCUACUCACACAGGCCUCCUCUUCUAGCAAUGCUUCUAACCUCACACAUGCAGGCAUACACACGCACACACACACACACACACACACACAUACACACACACACAAAAUGCUCGCAGAACCUCAACUCUAGACCCUUUUAAAGACCAUGACUUAGUCAUUUUUGCCCCAUCCGCUGUUCCGCCCCGCCCCCAGUGCCCCAGAUCCCGACAGGAAGCUGCAUGUGAAGCUGCGUUAAACCCGUUUUCCACUCGACACCGCCACUCCCCAUCUCCAGUCCAUCCUCUGAAGCAUGCUCUGAUCACGAUAAUGCUGUCCUCACGGAAAGAAAGAAAGAAAGAAAGAAAGAAAGAAAGAAAACACAAACUCUUGGUAUGAAGCCGUGCCGGCGGUCGUUUUAACGCUCUUCCUCCGAGAGGCUGAAACCCGGAGGCGGACGCUCCAAGCGCAGCUCAAGCUUUCCCGCCCCUUUCCUUUGGUGUUUCGAUGGUACAACGCAGGAAACCAAGCGCAUUCGGGGCUCGUCCCGCCACGAUGAGGUAGUUGCCCCUUCCCCGUCCCCCUCUCCUCCACCUCCACCCCCACCCGAUGGCGACGGAAGCGGCUGGUUAUAGUUUAUGUACAGAGCUUUGAGGUAUUUUUUGGGGAGGCCGAGCCGAGCCGAGCGGCGCGACACGACGUGCGUUCCCGGGAAAACAGCGGCGCUAUUUCUCGGAAAACCUCCCAUGAAUGUUUGUAACCUUUCAUAAGCAAGUCAGUGUUAUUAUUAAAGCCUAUCGAUCACCCCGAAACACUCCACUUGAUAUCCCUCCCCCCACCCUCUCUCUCGCUCUCCUUUUCCAAUCAAGUCUUUUUUCCUGUUUUUCCAGUUUUUUUCCCUCCUCCAAGUUUCUAUUUCUUUCUACGACUUCUGUGAUAUACUUUGCAUAUUUAAACAGCUCAUACGUGUUCUCUCUCUCUCUCUCUUUCUCUCUCUCUCUCGUUCUCUCUCUCUCUCUCUUGUGUUUUUACUCUCGCGACUAUGAUUAUGAGUAUUGUUGUCGUUGAUGUUGCUAAUUGUCCUCGCUGUUACUAUUUGAGAAAGAGCUUCUACCAAAAGAGACAUUUUUUUAACAGAAACUAUGAAAAACGAUGCCGCACGUGCGACACACGGUGCACCUCUUUGCCAUGUUUCCUAUGAUUACGAGAGAAAACAAACGAAGAAGUUGAGCUAACUUCAGAAGUAGAUAUAACACGAGAAAACAACUCAUCAACUUUCUUGCUUACAUUUUAGAUUUGGGGCUUGCAAAUGACAUAUACAUAUAUAGUAAAUAGGCCAUAUGUAACCCUAAAUGCUUUUAUGAGCAACUUGAAAAUGCAUACUAUCUAAUCCCAGUAAAAUACGUAAUUAUCGUCUGGAAAGUCAGAGGUCAGCAGUAGAAUUGAGUCCAUUUUAUAACCUUUAUCAUUAAAAUACGCCUUAAUAAACAUAGCUGAACAAAUGUAAAGUCAUAAAACAAUUAAGAACCUGAUGUCAACCUGUAAAUGCUAGUCAGAUUAAUCCACUUUAAGUUUAGGGCUGAGCAUUUUUCUU